GUUGCACAGUGCAGACCUCGUGGCGCAACGGUAGCGCGUCUGACUCCAGAUCAGAAGGUUGCGUGUUCAAAUCACGUCGGGGUCAACUGCUUUAACCCUGGGCAACAAUCACAUUAUUCAUGAUGUGUGCAACGUACCGAUUUCAAAUACAGAAUAUCUGUCUGUCACUGGCUUCAUGCAAGUCACUGUAUUCCCCAGAAGACAAAAAUAAGACUUGUUUUCAAUUUCAACUUUCUCAUGAUUUCCCGUGAUUCCCAUCAACUUUCUCGUGGUUCCCAAAUCAACAGCAAACUUAAUGCGUCAGAUAAAAACAGCUAAACAAAUAAAGUCUAUGAGGUUCUUCCUUCUGUUUCUAAAAUGUCUUCAUUGUCAAAGUGAUUGAUUCACUGGCAGCUGGCAGCACGGUCAGGAUCACAGAGCAAAGACGAACAGUGCAGCUCGAAUUCGGCUUACUUCGUUUGACGUGUCGACGAGACCCGAAGACAUUCUUCUCUGGGAAGGUGUGUCCUGUUGCCAUGGAGAGGCGUCACUUGGCAACUUGGCGGUGUAGCGUGAUUGUGAGGCACAAAAGGUAGCUCUGCAGCUCGCAGUACUUAGCCCAUCUCCCCCCGUUUGUAGAAAACGUAUUUGUUUUAAAUAAAUAAGAUUGAAGGGCAGCUGCUGACAGGCUACUUGUUUCCACCGAGGUUUCUUGCCUGCAGUGAGUAAGAAGAAUAAUCUAAGAAGAAUUGUAUCCUGUUCAUCAGUUGGUUUGGCGUGAGCAGACCUACUCAUCGGCACUGAGACACCAGUAUGCAGACAAAGAAGAAAAGAAACAAAGGCAUUGUUUCCAACUGUGAAAAUGCAGAGAAACUUCUGGCUGUAUCUUUGCCUCCUGACAUCUUGCCGCUGGCCCUUGUGCCUCCUCAGAGUCCGGGUCAGUCCCAAGACCAGGUUCCCAAGAUCAGAGCCUCCACUAAGAAGAAACGAGAACGAAAGAGGGAAAAUCACCGCAAGGACUCUCCAGCCACGCUGACAGAGAACCAUAAAAGCGAUGGAAACGGAGAUUCUGCUCAGGGAUACGUGACAGUGCUCAAUGUCCCGCAGCACUCUCUCCCAGCUCAGACUCUCAGCCUGAGGUGGGAGGGAGUGCUGCAGGAUCCCCAGGCUGAGGCAAAGAGACUGGAGCAGUACAGGGCCAACAGGCGGCAGCGGUACAUUGCACACAGAGAGGCUCUGUUAAAAGAAACCCAGGACGCCUUAAGACAGACUUUUCCUAAAGAGAAAAAGGUUCCAGCUAAAUGUGACCAGCAGGAGGCUGCGUCAUUACUGCAGCUGAGCAGACACUGAAUUAAAGAAGCAAAAGAGAGCCUUAUGCUGUUAGUGGCCUCGGGAUUUAUUUGUUCACAGUUUAAAAUAGAUUUAUGCAGUGUGAGACACAAAGUAAAGAUCCUAGGGUGCUGUUAAGACACUGGACCAAAGAGAAACUGAGCAGCUGAACACCCUUUAAAACGCCCCAACAGAAAUGCUUAGGUUCAAAGUACAUAACCACAAUGCCACAGCUUUCACGACAAGAACGCCUCCUGCUGACCACACCUUAAGAAGUUAAGUUGAUCUUUCAGGGCAAAAACCCGGUCGAGAUCACAUAACAUGAACCCAACUCACAUCUGUCAGUGAAGUGAAGGGGGGCUGAUCCAUUACAGCAUGAGAACCACAAAGAAAGAUGUCCAGCAGAGAGGGGGUGGCAAUGUGACUGUAACAAAGCGCUGCUCUGCUGUCAGUCUAAGCACAAUACAGUAAACACAGUAAAAAGCUUGUUGGUGACACGAUGGAGCAACAAUUUAAUGUGCAAAGUCCUGAACUCAUUAUUUCUCUUUGUUGCUCCUCUAAACUGUUAACUGUGUAACACUAAAUCCCUUACUGAUAAAUGGCAGUGGGUGUCUGUUUAUCACAUUUGAACUUUAUAGGCACAAUUAUGCAGGCAAGAAAAUCACCACGCUACAUGCAGCAGAUAAAGAUCAUACAAAUAUACAUACAUAUAUGAGCUAUGCAAAUGCCAAACUACUGAAAAAAAAUCAGAAAAGAUGAGAAGGGAAAAAAAUGUUAGUGGCUUCCACCUGUAAAAUCAUUCCUGUUUUGGGGCUUGUCUCAUUGUUGUCCCUCUAGUCCACCUGCUGUUAAUUUUGUCAAAGCAGCUAAAACAUAUUAACAACCCCUUCAAUUACUUAAUUGAACAGAUCAAUAUUCUAGAAGUUUGACUUGAUGCUGUAGUCUAAAUAUAAAGUGUUCAUUAAAUUCUUUCUUAACAGUAUAUGUGAUUUUUGGAAAAUGUUUGUAUAUGCAUAAUAGAUGCUGGCACUCGCAGUUCCCUAAGCAAUGUUUAUGCAAAGUUUCAUCAAGAUGGCUCCACUCCCCCAGGAGGAAAUAGGGAACAUGCAAACAUACAUCCAUACAUAUGCAUAAACUAAUUAUAGUAUGAUGUCUCCCCGUCCACACAGGAAGCAGUUUGUCUGUAAAGCAUCACUUUGACACAGAUGUUUGGCUACUAGUAGACGUUCCAGGCUGUGGUUGCCUAGGUAACCCUAUAAUGUAUUUACUACCCUGUCAUAUGUCAAUCCUCUAAUGAAAGGAUGUCAAACUGAUUUUGCAUGUUGCAUCACAUACAAACCAAUUUGGCCAUAAGUGGGCCAGACACUCCCCUUUGUGUCAAUGUGAAGACGUUUAGCAUACAAAAAACAUACAUUUCUAUAGUUCUAUAGUUGUCUAGUGGGCCAAAUUAGAGUCUUUGCUGGUCUAAUCCUGGCCUGCGGGCCUUAUGUUUGACACCCUUGAUCUAAUGUUCUUUACUACCCUGUCAUAUGUGUAUCAUAGGUAUCCUGUGCUAUCACCGUUGCUUGCAUAGAAGUUUAUCUCGGGACAUGCCCACUUUGUGUCACUAGUGGGGGGGGGUUUCUUAAAACCUGCAAUUGCUACCAAGUUUCAUUGG